AUGUCUCAUGUCCCUGGCGUUCCGCACUGCAGUGUGCUGUGUGAGGGCAAAACUAAAUAUUCCAAAGGAAAGAUUGCGUCCGCCAUCGGACCACUGUCUCAAAUCAGGAACCUGGUCAAGCUUUUACAAAAACUGGGCCACGUCCGCGAAUCCUCUGCUCUAGCCGAUGUGCUUCGCGUGUGCACCCAUCCGCACGACCUUGGAGGGCUGGGUCUGGACGAUGCGAGCGACUUGACAGUGCAGCAAGAAUCAGAAGUUCUGUUCCUCGUGUCUGCCUGGCUGGAAGCGCUUAAUUCAGCGGAUAGGUCCAGAUCGAUGCUUGCUCCGCUGCCAUCCAGGCCUCCAGGUCGGCGCGGGAUGACUCUAAGCGAGAAAAUCUUUGCGUUGCACGACGUGGCUCAUAGGGGUCGGGUCGCUCCUGGAGAUUUGAUUCGGGUCGAUGUCGAUUGGGUUAUUGCUUCAGAGGCAUCAUGGGCCGGCAUGGAGACUACGUACAACGACCUAGGCAAGCCUGGGAUUCAUCGCAACGAUCGCUUCUGGCUCGCCGGUGAUCAUGUUGUAGAUCCUCGCAUCCGAGAUGUUCCAAAAGUUCGCGCGCUGAUCGAUGCAAGUGAGAGGGCAAAGCGAGUGUUCAAAAUGACUGAGUACCAGGGAACGAACUAUACUAUCCUCCACACCGAGUUCUACCGGGAACGAGCGCAACCUGGCAUGCUGAUUAUUGGUUCCGACUCACAUACGUGCUCCUCUGGCGCAUUGGGAUGUCUGGCGAUUGGACUCGGGGCAGCAGAUGUGACUCUCCCCUUGGUAACAGGAGAAACGUGGUUCAAGGUUCCUGAGUCCAUCCACAUCCGUCUAUUGGGUGUACCUAAGCCUGGAAUUGGUGGAAAAGAUGUUAUACUAUACAUUUUGCAGCAGUUGAAGAGGGAUACUGUCGCUUCGGAUAGGAUCGUCGAGUUCUCUGGUGCCGGUGCCCAGUAUUUGUCGGCUGAUGCUCGGUUUGCUAUUUGCAACAUGACAGCGGAACUCGGUGGUAUCACCGGUGUAUUUGUGCCUGAUCACAUCACGCGCGACUUCGUGGCCAAGAGACGCUUACAGCAACACAAGAAUCUUAGCACGUACUUCCGACCCGACAACGAUGCGCAGUACGCCGCAGAACUCGACAUUGAUCUUGGUAACGUCCAGUCAUUCUUUGCUCGAUACCCGAGACCAGAUGAUGUGGUUCCAGUCUCGGACUACGCAGGAAUGCGGUUGGAUGGUUGCUUUAUUGGAGCUUGCACCACAACUGAGGAGGACCUCAUCCUUGCUGCUCUUGUGCUGGAGCAAGGACUGAAGAAAGGCUAUCGGCCAGUUAAGCAUGGCAAGAGGAAGAUGGUGCCGGGGUCAAUGCCGAUCCUGCGCAGACUACGCGAAUUAUGCCUCACCGACGUCUACGAAGCGGCGGGUUUUGAGAUCGGAGUACCAGGCUGCAGCUAUUGCGUCGGCAUGUCGGCGGAUCAGGCAGCCCCAGGAGAAGUCUGGCUCUCAUCCCAGAACCGGAAUUUUGAGAAUCGCAUGGGCAAAGGGUCAAUAGGGCAUCUAGGCUCUGCCGCAGCUGUCGCUGCAUCCUCAUUUGAAAUGAAAUUGACCGAUCCUCAUGACUUGCUUCGUGGGAUCAACUGGGAACGAUGGAUAUCCUUGCGCGAGUCUUCUGGACCCUCGGCGAACACGGGCUCGUCUUCUCAUCUGACCUAUGUUGAGCCGAGCGGCUCUCGUGCUCUCGCUCCGGAGAGAACUGUAUCAAGUAUUUUCUCCAGAUACACGCAAGAACCUCGGUUUCCUGGAACCCUGCGUGGCAAGGUCCAGCUGCUAGGCGACUUCAUCGACACGGACGCGCUAGCACCGGCUGAAUUCUUGAUGGAUAUGAAAACUAAUGAACAGAGUGGUCUGCAUUGCCUACAAUACACCGAUCCGUUAUUCCGUCAACGAGCCCAAGAAGGUUUCAACAUCGUUGUGGCUGGUCAAGCCUUUGGCUGUGGAUCGUCGCGCGAACAGGCCGUCAUGGCAUUGCUUGGCUGCAGCAUCAAAUGUGUGAUCGCGAAAUCAUUUGCCUUUAUCUUUCAGCGGAACAUGCCCAAUCUCGGCCUGUUGGGCAUUACCAUGCCCAAUCAGUCGUUCUACGCCGCUGCCAAGGAUGGCUCCGAGAUAUCGAUUGACCUCCAUGCGCACGUCAUCCACAUUGAUGGACUCCGCUUUGAAUUCGAGUCGAGUCAGAUGGAACAAGAACUGUUCCGUCACGGUGGCAUUACUUCUGCCUUUCUAAAAUUCGGGAACAGACUCUUCGAAGAGCUCACAGCUGCGAAGAAUGUUGGGACAAGUCACAAGGAAGAGAAUUAUCAUGCACCUAGCGCGCUGCAAUGGUAA